CAAGAUACGGGUAGAACCGAAAUCUUCGCUACAGCCGCUUGUUCCGUUUGUAUCGCGAGAAGCGACACGUGCGGGCGCGCGCCAGAGCCUGAGCUCACAUCCUCUCGAGUGACGAUCGCCGCGAGCCGCAGCAGCGAUGCCCAGCGUCGAGCUCGCGCCUCUGCGGCCCUGGGACGACUUCUUCCCGGGGAAGGAGCGCUUCGCCAAGCCGGACGUGCGCGACCUGGCGAAGUGGAACAACCGGGUGGUGAGCAACCUGCUCUACUACCAGACCAACUACCUGAGCGCGGGGCUGCUCGUCUUCCUCGCCGUGGGGUUUCUGAACCCCACGGGGAUGGUGGUGGGAGGGGCCGUGGUCACCUUGGUUUUCGUGGGCUCUGUCUGGGCUGCCGAGAACAAGGCUGUGAUCAAGGACUUCAAGAAGAAGAACCCCACGGUCUUCGUCGUGGCUGUGAUGGUUGCCAGCUACUUUCUCAUCUCCCUCUUUGGGGGCGUCAUGGUCUUCUUCUUCGGCAUCACCUUCCCAUUGCUCUUGAUCUUUGCCCAUGCUUCGCUGCGCCUGCGCAACAUGAAGAACAAGCUGGAGAACCGGAUGGAGGGGGCAGGGCUCAAAAGGUCACCAAUGGGCAUUAUUCUGGAGGCCCUGGGCCAGCAGGAAGAUAACUUAAACAAGAUCCAGGACUUCCUGGAGAGCAAACUGAAGGAGUGAAGAAGAUUGUGCGAGCCAGCGGGAGGCGCUGUGCUAGACCACCACGCUACCUCCUUCAAAUCCCGAAAGUGCCAUCCUUGCGCUGACCCUCAUUAGCAUAUGCAGCCCUGCCGCUUUCUUUGGGGUCCUUUAUAAAUUGCACUCUGUCAAACUGGAUCAUUUUUUUUUUUUUUUUUUUUUCCCCUUCAUUUGAAUAUAAACACUUGUAACCUUUUGCAUAUAAUUUUUGUUAGAGCUGCUGAAUAUUUGCAUGAUAAUAGCAGAUUAUUUUGAAAGAUAUACUGCACACAGUAAAGAAGCAUUUGUAUAGUUUUGCAGGGUAAAGAUGUUUUGUAUGUUUCUACAAGGGAGAGAACUUUCUUUACUGUAUUGCCUGCAAAAUGCUAGUACAAACUAGUAUUUGCAUUACCGUGUCAAACACACAAGUAAAUACUGAGUG